GGGGGCGUGGGGGCUGGGACCGCAGGCUGCUUGGCAGGGCGGGGCUGCCUUCGAUCCCAGCCUCUUCUCUCAAUCACCCCUCUUCUGAUUCAGGGUGGCAUCGUGUGUCCUGGAGUGCAGGCGUGAGUCCCAGAAGACAGGCGAGCUGAGCCCAGAGCACUGGGUUGCUUCAGCAGGGAAGACUCCCUUCCCCCUGCUUCAGGCUGCCGAGCUCUGAGCGGUACUCAGAAUGGAAGCCAUCGCCAAAUAUGACUUCAAAGCUACUGCUGACGACGAGCUGAGCUUCAAAAGAGGGGACAUCCUCAAGGUUUUGAAUGAAGAAUGUGAUCAGAACUGGUACAAGGCAGAGCUCAAUGGGAAGGACGGCUUCAUCCCCAAGAACUACAUAGAGAUGAAGCCACACCCGUGGUUUUUUGGCAAAAUCCCCAGAGCCAAGGCAGAAGAAAUGCUCAGCAAGCAGCGGCAUGACGGAGCCUUUCUCAUCCGAGAGAGUGAGAGUGCUCCUGGGGACUUCUCCCUGUCUGUCAAGUUUGGGAAUGACGUGCAGCACUUCAAGGUGCUCCGAGAUGGAGCGGGCAAGUACUUCCUCUGGGUGGUGAAGUUCAAUUCCCUGAAUGAGCUGGUAGAUUACCACAGGUCUACGUCCGUCUCCAGAAACCAGCAGAUAUUCCUCCGCGACAUAGAACAGGUGCCCCAGCAGCCCACGUACGUCCAGGCCCUCUUUGACUUUGAUCCCCAAGAGGAUGGAGAGCUGGGCUUCCGUCGGGGAGACUUCAUCCACGUCAUGGAUAAUUCAGACCCCAACUGGUGGAAAGGGGCUUGCCACGGCCAGACCGGCAUGUUCCCCCGCAACUACGUCACCCCGGUGAACCGGAACGUCUAAGCCAAGGAGAGGUUAUUUAAAGAAAGUGAAAAAUUUAAAACACGUACAAAAGAAUUCAGCCCACGAGCCGCCUCUGAUGGCCCGUGCGGGAGCGCAGGACACCUGACUGGGUCACGCGGUGACCUCCUCACUUUGGUUGGAACUUUGGGGGGUGGGAGGGGCCUUGGAUAUAAAAAUGCCAAAACUUACCUAUAAAUUAAGAGAAGAGUUUUUAUUACAAAUUUUCACUGCUGCCCUCCUUUUCCUCCUUUGUCCUUUUUUCAUCCUUUUUCUCCUCUGUCCAUCAGUGCAUGACGUCUAAUGCCACACGUAGUCCUAGCUGAUGCCAAUAAUAAAGAACAGAAACCAA